GAGUGCUUGUUAUUCAUUAACAUAUGGAAUAUAUUUUAUCAUUGUUCAUCACAUUUGUGGUCAACUAUUCAUCAUUAGUGACAGAAUAAGAAAUCUCAAGGUCGAGCUGUCGACGCGGAUGACAGAUUUAUUUCAACCUAUAAUUGAGAAGCAUAUUGCCAUAAUUCGGGUGUCCAAAGCACUGGAUGAUUGUUCGCAUACAUUUCUUCUGUACGAAUUAUUGGAUACGAUUGUUGUUAUUGGAUUACUCACGUACUACCUGAUAGCGCAUGGCAGUGCAAGCGCAGGUGCUGUCAUUGUCAACUAUUCAUUGAGUAUGUGCAACAUACUGGUGCUUGUAUUCAUGAAUUGUUAUAUGGGUCAGUGUCUUGAAAAUGAGAGUAACAAUCUGUUAGGAGUGUUCUAUGACAGCAAUUGGAAUGAUAUGCCCUUGUCGCACCAGAAGGGAUUUAUAAUUUGUAUGCAAUACGCCCGAAAGCCCCUGACGAUGACGGCGGGGAAAUUUUAUAAAUUUUCGUUAGAAGGUUUCACGAGCAUACUGAAGUCGUCAAUGGCUUUUGUUUCCAUGUUAAGAACAACAAUUUAAAAUUAACUACAAACAACAAUCGUCAACAAUCUAUAAUGAAUACCAAUUUUGUUACUCGAACUUGAAAUGGAUGUGAUUUUAUGAUGAUGUCACCAUACGCUCUUGAGUAAAUGAUCUGGAAAAUAUAAAAAAAUUGAUGCCUCAAUAGAAAUUUGAAGUCGAUGUGCUGUCAUGACGGAUUAUUCUGAUUGAUUUUAUAUUAACUGUUAGAAAAUAAGAAAUAGGAAAAAACCCUGG